AUGGUGAAACUUCCGCUCCCACUACCGAAUCUUCGCAACUCCCCAAUAGUCAAGCUUUGUUACGAUUUGAAGUUGGAAAUCUUGCAACGAAUGGAUCCAAAGGACGUCAUCGAAUUGAUGAAGAACAACGCUACGUUGUUGAGACGAAAUUGUCGCGGAUGUUUGAUCUCCGUUUUGAAAUUCCCUCUUCAAAAAAUGAUCUCGGAAAUGCUCGAAUGUUUAGCUUCGGUUCAGGAGAUCAGACCCGUCAAAGACUAUGAGGCUCUUUGCAAAUACUUGUUGAUAUUCAAGGGAAGCAUCGUCAGU